ACGCGCUCGAGAACUGUCAUUGUAGUGGGUCAAAUUCUCGGAGACAUCGGGAGAUUGCUCAACGGCGAUUUCUUAGUCCCGCCAAUGUAUUCCCCGAAGAAGAGGAAGAGGAAGACGGUGACGACGACGAAGAAACCAUCGUUUAAGAAAAAGAAGCCAUCACCGCCGACGGCGCCGAUUCCGUCCCUUCCUGACGAUUUGCUAUUAAGUAUCUUCGCACGCCUCUCGAGAUUGUAUUACUAAACUCUUUCUCUCGUCUCCAAGAGCUUUCGAUCUCUCCUUGCUUCACCUCAGCUUUAUGAUACUAGGUCACUCUUAGGCCGCACCGAGAGUUGUCUCUAUCUGUGUUUACAGGAGGGGAAUCCUGAUCCUAACCCUCUCAGGUUCACUCUCUGCCUCAAACCCGACCGAGCCCUAAGUAAAGGCACCAGGAAGAAGAAGAAGAAGAAGUCAAGGGGCAACAUUUUGAUCCCAAUCCCAGUUCCAAAUCCUCCUCUUGCGCACUGGUCUGGUCACGCUUCGGUUGGUUCCAAUAUCUACUUCUUUGGCGGAGACAUUGAGAAUGUGCCUUCAUCUAGAGUCUUGAUCCUAGACUGCCGCUCUCACACGUUGCGUGAAGCUCCAAGCAUGCAGAUGGAAAGGUUGGACCCUUCUGCUUCCGUCAUUGAUGGAAAGAUUUAUGUAGCUGGAGGCAACCAAGAUGAGGAUUCAGAGUCUUCGUACUCCAUCGAGAUGUUCGACCCAAAGACCCAAAUUUGGGAUCAUAUGCCCAUCCCUUGUUGGGAGAAACGAUGGGGUGUUCUAUCAAGAAGCGCAUAUAUUGAAGGAAAGUUCUACCUAAUGAUUGGGAGUAAGGUUAUGGCUUAUGACCGAGAGGAAGGUAGGUGGGACUUUGUCGGAUAUCAGAUGGGUCGAAGUUGGUUUUGGUCUUGUAAUUGCAUUAUAGAGAAUGUUUUGUACUGCUAUGGUGGAGCUUUCCGAUGGUAUGAUACUAAGCUGAGUUUAUGGAAAAUUAUGAAAGGUUUGAAAGGACUACCUAAGUUUGGCAAGAAUGUCUAUGUAAAGUUGGUGGAUUAUGGUGGAAAGAUGGCGGCUUUUUGGGACAAUCGUGUGCCUCCGACUUGCAGUGAAGAUAAGUACAAGACUAUUUGGUGCGCGGUGAUUGCGCUUGAAAGGCCCAACAGUGAAGAGAUUUGGGGGAAGGUCGAGUGGCAUGAGGCAGUGCUUACAGUUCCCGUGUCAUAUGAAUUUGAGCAUGCUCUUGCUGUUACCGUUUGAUGAAUGACAUACAGGACAUGCUUGGAUGUGGUGAAUCCAUAAUGUGUUGUAGGAACUGUAUCAUUUUGUUGGAUGAUUGUGUAUUGUAUUUUUUAGCUUUAUGCUGUUGACAUUGUUUCACUUGUAAACCUUUGAUGGUUAGCUUAUUUCUCUGCUGCUAAAGACCUUAUGAAACUCUGUUUUGGUUGAAAAGAAAGUUUACUUCUUUCAUGGUGCAA